AUGGAGCCACGCGGGUCCCGGUUCCUUGACCCAUCGUCUGCGAUGGCAGCGAUUACUCGGCACAAAGCGGAAGCCAUCAAACUAGCGAGGGAACAACAAACUGCUGUGAAGGAAAUGUGCCGUCGUGCAAAAUCGGACCUGAUUGGUAAGGGUGCCUACGGUCGUGUGUACAAAGGUCGUGAGGUGACCUCAGGUCGGCUUGUUGCUCUCAAGGUUCUGGACAUAGAUUCCUUGGACUACAAGUCGCUCCGCGAUUUCAGAGAUGAGUCUAUCAAGGAUUUUAUUCAUGAAACCAAGGUGAUGAAACAAGUGAAAGACGCCGGCGCCAAAAACAUCAAUGAGUUGAUAGAGGCAAUCUCAAUCCAUUCUCAACUGUGGUUGGUUUGCGAAUAUUGCCCGGGAGGGAGUGUGAGGACAUUGAUGCGCGCCACAAACGACAGGUUAGAAGAAAGAUUUAUCAUUCCCAUUGCCCGUGAGCUGGCAGUAGGGUUACAUGCCAUCCACCAAGCUGGCGUUAUCCACCGUGAUGUCAAAGCUGCGAACAUCCUGAUUCACGAGGAAGGCCGUCUAGAAAUUUGUGACUUCGGCGUGGCAGGAGUUCUACAAUCACAACGAGACAAGCGCUCGACCUGGAUUGGGACCCCCCACUGGAUGCCACCGGAAAUGUUUUCGACGCGUGGGGCUGCCCAUCAGUAUGGUAGCGAGAUUGACGUAUGGGCUUUCGGCUGCACCCUAUUCGAGUUUGCGACUGGAAAUCCGCCCAACUCAGGUCUACGUGAGCGAAUGCAAAUUGGUCGUCAGUUAAACCGCAACACCCCAAAGCUCGACAGCGAAAACUACUCUCAAGGUCUCAAGGACCUUAUCGCAUUUGCUCUUGAUUCUAACCCCGCCACUCGCCCAACAAUGGCAGAUAUCUUGCAACAUCCCUUCAUUGCCGGUACGGAAGAAGAGUAUCCAAUCUCAUCCGUGAGCGAGCUUGUCAGGAACUACUACCAGUGGUCACAACGUGGAGGUCAACGCAUCUCGUUGUUCCAUCCUGGCGGUGCCGCGGCAGCUGAGCAGCCCGAUGUAGAAGACUCCGAUGAUGAUUGGAAUUUCAGUACGACUGAUGGUUUUGAGCGAAGGUUUUCCGUCAUCGACUUGGAUCAAAUUGCUGCGUCGUUGGCUGAAAUGGAAGAAGCCAUCAACCCAACCACACCAACUGCUGAAAUCGAAUUUAGCGACAACAGCUCCGAUAACGAGCUGGACCCCGAAGACAAAGCAAACUUUGACGAGCGUGUGCGUCGAGGUGCGGCCGCAAUGGAAGGCCUCUUCAAUGAAGAGAUGCCUAGCUACAAAUACGAAACUAAGAAUGACUUCGUGCCGGUUCAGCCUAAUCCGCCGACAACUGAUCUCCCCCUCCGGUCAGAGACGGAUCGGUCCUCAGUUAUGUCGACUUUGAUUGACAUUGACAUUGGUUCAUUCGACUCCUCUCAUUACGCAGCAGGCGCACCAGCGGCACAGCCAUUCCAGUUAGCAGAUGCCGACACCAUCCGUGCAAAUAGAUCCAGUCUCCGGUCAUCUCGCAACUCCAACGAAAAUUCCUUGCAGGGCUCUGCUAGCGAGUCAGAGAACGAUUCCCAUGCUGAAGACUUCCAGCCAUCAACUGGCCCGAGACCUCCUACUAUGGACUGGAAGUUUCCUAUGUUUGGCAGCGCAGUGGAAGAAGACAAGAAAGAGCCGACAGAAAAAGAAACAGACACCAAUGUGUCGAAGCCAGGCCAGGAUGACGUGUUCCAGGCCGAGAAACGCGCUACAAUGCAAUGGACAUUCCCUGUAAUGUCUGACUCGGCACCUGAGGACUUGGGGUCCGACCGAUUCGAGACGCUGCGAGCGCCGUUACCACUUCAGGAACAGCCAGCGGUAGACAUGCACGACUCUCGUCCUUCAACUUCUGCAUCGAAUGCGUCUGACUCUGAUUACGACCCAUUUCGUUUUGACCGCCCAGGAACCCCGCAUGGCCCUACCCUGGAGGCUUCUCCGUCGUUCGACACACCCUACCAGACAACACCUGUUGCAAGCGAUGGCCCGAGCGAUGACGUGGAAAUUCUCGAGCCUUCUGUUACCCUGGAUGGUCCAGGACCAGAUGAAGAGGAAGAGGAAGAGGGUCUCCAGCUCCCGUGGAACCAAAAUGACAACCAAAUCGAUUCCAGCGAGUUACCUCCGCUCCGCACAGCGGUUCCAAUUCAUGACGAUGCAGAUACUGUUACUCCUGUCUCGGAGCCUGGGUCGCCCAUUUAUGAAGACCUUCCCACCGCCCGGCAUGACAUGCUUUCUCGGUCCAGUUCUGUUAAAGGCCCGGAGCCUAGGCCCAUCCCAUUCCCUGCUCUUAUUCCACCCAGCGCAGAAAGCUUGAUGGAAGGGGCCGAUGAGGCCGUUGUCACUGCGGAACUGGAUCGAUUAUUAGGAAAUCUGAUGGAGGCUCUUGGGGCCACAGGCGAGGCACUUUCACGCGUUGGAGAUCCACCCAGUGAGCCUGUACAGCCUGCGAGUGAUCUUCUUUAA